AUGCCGCAGUCAAUACGGGAUCGUGAAAAAUUGCACGGAAUAAUUAUAAUGAGGGAAAUAAGGGAACCGAGUGAGAAAAAAAUGAUCCGCUUCGUUAUUUUGAGCUGUUCAAUAGCUCUGUUAACUCUCGCGAAAACUUCCACAGGUCUCAUCUUCGAGGAGUUUAUUGUGCAUCGCACAUGCCUAAAUUCGAUAGAGACAGAUGACACUUCGAAGUGCAGUAUUCACGGGAAAAAUGAUAGCACGGCAACCGAAUUACAUUUAAAAGCUGAAACUGAACAGUAUGCGAGUAUGAUUGUGAUGGCAAAGGCUAUGAUCGAAAGCUUACUGUCAGCUACCGUUUCCUUAUUUCUCGGUCCUUGGAGCGACAAAGGUGGACGAAGACCUCUCUUGCUGGGAGGAUUCAUCGGUUAUACGGUGAUGUUCACGAUGCUCUCCUUGAUGUGCCGUUGGGACAUAAAUCCUUGGUAUAUGAUAAUUCCCUCGAUCCCUGGAUUCAUCCCCGGAGGAGUGAGCACAGUAUUAUUGGCUGGAAUGUGUUACAUAUCCGAUUCAACCAAAGAAGAACAAAGAACGCCCCUAAUGGCUUGGAUGCAGGCUGCUGUCGUCGGUGGAACAAUCUUGGGUACAUUUGGAGGGCCUGUCAUAUCGACAAACUGUGGCUACACAACUGUUUUCAGCAUAGGCGCGAUCUGUUGUGCAUUGUCGACACUAGUAACUUACUUCGCUAUUCCUGAAUCGGUCAAGUCUGCGACUAAGGAGUCACAUUUACGUGGACUGUUCGACGUCUCCCUUGUGCGGAAGCUUGUUACUAGUUUCGUAGUUAAACGGGACGGCUUUCAUCGGCCUGUUGCCUGGCUUGCGAUAUUCAUCAUCACUUGGAGCGCCUUGCUUUUCGGAGGAAGUAUGAGCAUAGGCUUUCUGUUCACAAAAGCGUGUCUGGACUGGGAUGUUGCACAAUACUCUUACGCUACUGGCGUUGGUUAUCUGCUGAACAUCGCAGCCUUGUGUGGAGCUUCUCUAUUCGGAACAAGAUUAGGCAUUUCGGACACAACGUUGGCCACUCUAGGCCUCGUCUCAAGCUUCAGUUUUUCGCUUGUGAAAGCUUUCGUAUGGACAGACUGGCACAUGUAUCUUGCAGUGUCAAUUGGAAUGUUCGUUGGAAUUGUGCCACCAGUUAUGCGAUCCAUCUUAUCGAAAUCAGUGCCGCCUAGUGAUAUUGGUACUGUGUUGUCGCUGACGGGGCUUUUGGAAACAUUGAGUCCAAUGGUCGGAGCGCCGCUAUUUGCGUUGAUAUUCUCCCAUUACUUACCACCGAUAUAUCCGUCGCCAGUUUACCUUGUUUCCGCUGCUGCGUUAGCGUUGUUGGUACUCUGCACAGCGUGCAUCGAAAUAUUGAUGAGGAGGUCGUGUAACGUGCAAUCUUACACUGCCACCUCGCAAAAAGAGACGGAAGAAUAG